ACGCUCGUGAGCAAUAUGCCUAGUAAGCAGAAUUGUUGGGAAAUCCACUCAUUUCUAGCGUCCACGCUUGUAACGCACGCCUGCGCAGCGAUAAUCGCGCUUUUCUCUUAAUAAGCUCAAACAAGAUAAGUUUCAAACCCCAAACGGCCGCUCAAAUUUCCCUCGGGGGGUAAUUAUGCAGCGCGCGCAGAGGUGACGUCCUAUUACUUUAGUCCCAAACACGAACAAAUUCCACUAGAGUGACAGUCGUGCUAGAGUGCGUGGAGAGCAACGGACGUCCAAACCGGCGACCCGGAGUGAUGAAGAGGUCUUUGGGAUGCGGGGGAAAGGAAGGGAUGCUCUGCAGCGGUUGUUCAGCAACUGAAUCGUAAAAGAGGACGAAACAAUGAGCCUGAAUGGUUAAGACUGGAUAUUAUCUGAAGAACAACGCAUCGCACUGCUGCUGUAGGCUGAACGUUGCGGGAUUUUGCUCACUGCUUCAAAAGGAAUUCAUUGCAGUUGUUCAACGUGGAUCCACUGCACCAUUCAGGUAUUUAAGGUAUGGGAUAUGGACCACAUUGCAGCGCCAAAAUGAGAAGUCUGUGGGUCGUUGUUUUGUUCAUGACUUUCACCUGCCGUCUGAGCCUUUCCCAGUCUACUACAGGGAUUCCUAAAGAGUCAGAGCUCAAUGAUAACAUCACAGUAUUCACACGAAUCCUGGAUGGAUUGCUGGAUGGCUACGAUAACAGACUGCGACCUGGGCUUGGAGAGAAAGUGACAGAAAUUAAGACCAACAUCUUUGUGACCAGCUUUGGACCAGUGUCAGACACUGAGAUGGAAUACACCAUUGAUGUGUUUUUCCGUCAAAGCUGGAAGGAUGAGCGUUUGUGUUUCAAGGGGCCAAUGGAGAUGCUACCUCUGAAUAACCUGCUGGCCAGCAACAUCUGGACACCAGACACUUUUUUCCUUAACGGAAAAAAAUCCAUUGCUCACAACAUGACAACGCCCAACAAGCUUCUGAGACUGAAGGAUGAUGGGACAUUGCUGUACACCAUGAGAUUGACCAUAUCAGCGGAGUGUCCCAUGCAGUUGGAGGAUUUUCCUAUGGAUGCUCAUGCCUGCCCACUCAAAUUUGGCAGCUAUGCCUACCCUAUCUCAGAAGUGGUUUAUAAGUGGACCAAAGGCCCAGGCAUGUCUGUGGUUGUGGCAGAGGAAGGGUCACGUCUCAACCAAUACCAUCUGAUUGGCCACACUGUUGGUACAGAAGAUAUCAGCACAAGUAGAGGUCAAUACACAGUCAUGAUGGCCCAUUUCUACCUGAAGAGGAAGAUCGGUUACUUUGUGAUUCAGACCUACAUGCCCUGCUUCAUGACUGUUAUUCUGUCCCAAGUCUCAUUCUGGCUCAACCGUGAAUCUGUCCCUGCCAGGACUGUCUUUGGUGUGACCACAGUGUUGACCAUGACCACCCUCAGCAUCAGCGCCCGCAACUCCCUUCCUAAAGUAGCAUAUGCCACUGCAAUGGAUUGGUUCAUCGCUGUUUGCUAUGCCUUUGUGUUCUCUGCGCUUAUCGAGUUUGCCACAGUCAACUACUUCACCAAACGCAGCUGGGCAUGGGAUGGAAAGAAGGCCUUGGAGGCUCAGCAGCCUAAAAAAAAAGACCCACUGGCACUCUCCAAAAAGCCAAACAAUGCCUGUUUGUCUGGAGUUAACUUCACCCCCAACAUCACGAAGGAUGCAGCUAUCUCAACCAUCUCCAACAGCACCACUGUCCAGUUGAAGAGCGCUGAGACCAAGCCUGCAAUGGACCCCAAAAAGACUUACAACAGCGUCAGCAAAAUUGACAAGAUGUCUCGGAUAGUGUUCCCGGUUCUCUUUGGGACUUUCAACUUGGUCUACUGGGCCACAUAUCUCAACAGGGAACCAGUGAUUACAGGAGCUGUUUAGCCCACGCAAAGCCCCUAUGCCACUCAACAUUCCUUUCACAAUCUCUUUUUCUUCUCCACUUCAAUACUCGACGACAAGCUGACCUUGCAAAAAACGAUGCUGAGCACUUACUGCACCUCUCACUUUGCUAUUCUAUAAGAAGAGUGCUCCUGUUGAAUUUUCCUCCUGAUAUCAUAAAUUGCAUGAUAGAUUCAAAGCUCUAUGGGAAUAUAAUUGCCAUAUCUGCCUUGACUUCCUACUUUAUAUUUCUCUGGUUUCCACUGGUUAUUGCCUUCAUCUUACAAUGAAUUGAGCGCCACACAAGCUACCAUUUCAUGAAAAUUUUCCAAGGGAUAUGAACAAAAAUUAGUGCAUUUGGCAUCAGCAUUUAUCACAGAAUAAAAACCAUUUAUGAAAAGAAGUACAGCAAGGCCAAAUGCUAUGCAAAAACCAUUUUCUACUAUGUUGUAAUGGGUAAUUGCUUAUAAAUGAAACCCUUGCUUUGUAUUAAUGGAUUUCAGGCUUCUCUUCUUUGUUUAUUCUCUUCUUUGUCUUUAGCAUCAAUGGUGUAGGGCAGACAGAUGCUAUGCUAAGUUUUUAGCCAUGCUCAAAAUGUUGCCUUCAGAGGGAUUACUUCAUACGAGUGCUCGGGAAUGUCUCGCAAUUACUGAUUUUACGUUCGUUUGUCAUUUUUUUCUAAGCUUUUUUGAAGUAGCUAAAUAGAAUUGUGCACCUUAGGCAGCUUUUCACACUUUAGACCAAGAUAUCCUGCAAGGUGAACAAGGUUGGGUUGCAGCUAGGAUUUUCGAAUCAUUUGUACAUAGCUUGUGUAUGCUUUGCUUUUAGCGUAGAUGUGGCUUAACAUUAGUGAGGAAGAGCUGAAAAUGGUUCUGAUACACUACUCUAAUGUGCAGCCAAAGUGACAUGAAUGAUGGUGAAAACGCAGAUUGUAUUGUGAAAUAUUGUAGGCUUUGACAGAAUGUGUCAUUUCUUUACAGUUAAUAGUUUUUACAUUGGCUUUUCAUGCUGUUUAUGUGACAGCCAUGUUCUUAUUUUUUUGUCUGUGUUGUAAAUUGGUCAGUGGGUUUUCGAAGUUGGAACAAGUCAGGUAAACAAAAUGAAAGAAACAUUCACAUUUAAUAGUUCAAACAUUCAGAUUCUAAAGACAAGAAAAGAGAGACAUAUUCUAUAUAUAUUCUACUGUACAACUGCACAGUAGAAAGGUGGAACCUGCUACUGUCAGACAUGUUAAAACUGGAUCUUGUUGGAACUGAAAUGUCACACCAUAAUGCCAUCUCUUCAACCAAAACGCAUGGCUGCUUAUUUGGGGAAUGAAAUGAAAGAGCUAACAAUGACCUUGAUAGUCCAAAAGUGCAACUCAGAAAGAUUCGGUUUUUAUCCUGUAAUCAUUAUAUUCUGAACUUGUUACGUGAAAGUGAGAUGGCACAAAUAACUAAGUGUAGCUCAUUAAGAGGCCAACUACAAGAGCCAUCAAGCUCCUCUGUGCACCACUCAGGCCUAUAGGAGAAUGGAUCAUUAAAAGAGUUCAAGUGAGUCAGUAAUGUGCCCUUUUACAACAAUGGAUGUUUCCAGAAAUGUACAGAUGUUCCUCAAAGCAUACAUGUCUGAAGCAAUAAAUUCUGCCUGAUAUGUUUCUUGA